UUUGUGUAUUUAUAACAUGAACCCCGCGAAACGUUGUGUUCCGAAGAAGGACGUGUGGCGCCAAAGAAGUUUCAUGAUUUUGGCGUUUAAUCGAGGAAAAUUCCUUCAAAAGUCACCAUGAGUCUGUGGGUCGAUAAGUACCGUCCGUCGUCGCUGUCAAAGCUCGACUUCCACAAAGACCAAGCCGCUAAUCUCAGAAAAUUGGUGCAGGGAGGGGACUUCCCCCAUUUGCUGAUCUAUGGGCCCUCGGGAGCCGGAAAAAAGACCAGAAUCAUGUGCACACUCAGAGAGCUGUACGGCUCAGGCGUGGAAAAACUACGAAUAGAACACCAGAGUUUUACAACUCCAUCCAAAAAGAAGAUUGAGAUUUCAACCAUAGCCAGCAACUACCACAUCGAGGUCAACCCAAGUGAUGCAGGUUUUUAUGACCGUGUUGUCAUCCAGGAGCUCCUCAAGACGGUAGCCCAGACGCAGCAGCUGGACUCCUCAGCGCAGAAAGACUUCAAAGUUGUCCUGCUGACCGAGGUGGACAGACUGACUAAAGACGCGCAGCACGCUCUGAGGCGCACCAUGGAGAAAUACUCGGCGACAUGCCGACUCAUCCUGUGCACCAACUCUACCAGUAAAGUCAUCCCGGCCAUCCGCAGCCGGUGCCUGGGAAUACGGGUGGCAGCGCCCUCGAUUGACGAGAUUUGCCAGAUUCUUCAAACUGUUUGUAAAAAGGAAGGUCUGAGUCUGCCCGCCCAGCUGGGGAAACGCAUCGCCGAGAAAUCGGACCGGAACCUACGCCGGGCGUUGCUGAUGUGUGAAGCUUGCAAAGUACAGCAGUAUCCCUUCAGCGAGACCCAGGAGAUACCCGUCCCAGACUGGGAGGUGUUCUUACGAGAGACGGCCAACGCCAUCGUCAAUGAGCAGACCCCACAGCGCCUGAUGGAGGUCAGAGGUCAGCUCUAUGAACUCUUGACCCACUGCAUACCGCCGGACGUCAUCAUGAAGGGACUCUUGAAGGAACUGAUCAGCAACUGCGACGGCCAGCUCAAGUCAGAGAUCACCCAGGUAGCGUCGUUCUACGAGCACCGCCUUCAGCUGGGCUCCAAGCCCAUCUACCACCUAGAAGCCUUCGUGGUCAAGUUUAUGAGCAUCUACAAACGCUUCUUAGAGGAAGGCUUUGACGACAUGGCCUUUUGAAACGGCCAAGAAAAGAUUACCGAAGCUUGGAGAAUUUUAUAAGAAGCAGGGCACUGUAAAUGCCCUGCAAUUUAAAAUUACCCGACAAAACACCGUUGAUGUUAACUAAGCACUUCAAUUUGCUGAACAUUGUUUUGUGAUUAGAUUCAAGUACCAGACAAGUUGCUGAGAAAAGAUUGAUUUUUCUCGUAUUAACAAAUGUUCAACUUGUGUUUUGUAUUCCAACAAGAACAAACUACAUUUCAGUUGGAUAGAAAAAGCUUUUAUUUGCGCACAAACACAACAGGCCUAGAGUUUGAAGGUUUCUGCAUUCUUGAUCUUUGGGGCAGGAAUCAAUAUACUGACUUAUACUGCUAGGCCACAUAAAAAGUCAAUUUGUAAAGUCAUUAUUCUUUAUAAUGAAAUUUGGACCGAUUUUUACCGUUAGCUGUUUCAAGUCAAGUGUAUAACUUUUGUAUUGUCAUAAAAGGAGACUAAAUAAAAAUCCGUACUUUGGGUCGAAACUCACAAA